GGAGAAAAAAACACGGCAGUCACAGGAAACCGAAGAGGAGGACGAUGACGGAAAGGAGAAGAAAUCAAAGUUGAGAAGGAAAGGUAAGAUCAGCGCUCCAGAUUGUGCCACAAAGAAGAAACACAAACACGCUGAGGACACAGAAUCGCUCAGCGAUGCAUCCGAGGUGAAGAAGAAGAAGAAGAAGAAGAAGAAGAAGACGACCUCAAGGCAGGAGGAUGAGGAGGUGAAGAGUAGUGAAGAUGAACACCAGAACCUUCCAGAUGUCGUUCAAGUGAGCAAAAAGAGCACAAAGAAGAAUCAAAACCCUGCGGAGAGCAUCAUGGGAUCCAAAGACAAGAAGUCCAAGGAUGAGGGGAAGAAGAAGAAGAAAGCCGAGAAAGAAGAAUCAGAGGAGGAGGAUGACGACUCCCAGAAGAAGAAGAAGAAGAAGUCCAAGAAAGGAGCCGAUGAUAGCGAUGACGAGGGCAAGAAGGGAAAGGGCAAGAAGAAGAAGUCCAAAAACGUUGAUUAUGUGGAGAUUUAUGAGAACGAGCUGAGAAACUACGAGCCUGAGAAAGUGGAGAACUAUGAAGAUGAGUACCACAAGAAAAAAGUCUAUGAGGUGGUGACCAUCACCGGAGAUGUCAACGGAGCCGGAACGGAUGCCAACAUCUUCAUCACGCUCUUCGGCGAAUAUGGCAUCACUCCCAAACUGCAUCUGGCCAGCAAAAAUCGAACUGCUUUUGAAAAAAACAAAACUGAUGUCUUCCGGAUAAAAACACACAAUGUCGGCCCUUUGAAAAAAAUUAGGAUUGAACAUGAUAACACAGGUCUGAACGCCAGCUGGUUUCUGGACCGGGUCGUGGUCACCGACAUGAACAGACCGCAUUUACGCUUCUACUUCGCCUGCAACAACUGGCUGAGCAGAACCGAAGGGGACAGCCUGUUCGUCCGAGACCUGCUGGGUAGUCUGGACCCCAUGGACAUGCCCAAAUAUAAUAAAUAUGUUGUGAGCGUGUUCACAGCUGAUGUGAAAGGCAGUGGGACAGAUGCUGAUGUCUUUCUCAACAUUUUUGGGGAAAAUGGUGAUACAGGAGAGAGAAGACUAGACAAUGAUAAAAACAACUUUGAGAGGGGAACCGAAGACAAGUUCACCAUAGAGGCUCCGAACCUGGGCAGAGUGAGGAAAAUAACCAUCGGACACAACAACAGGGGAUCCUCGGCUGGAUGGUUUGUGGAAAAGGUCAUAGUGGAUGAUUUGGGAAACAAGGCCGUGUACGAGUUUCCCAUCGGCCGCUGGUUUGCCAUCGAUGAGGAUGAUGGGAAGAUACAGAGAGAUGUUCUGGUUGGAGGCAGUCAACCCACCGGCAUCGUGUACAACGUUCAGGUGGUGACAGGGAAGAUCAGAGGUGCAGGUACCAACUCCAAAAUCCACAUGAUCAUGCACGGCUCCAAAGGAAUGAAGAACAGCGGCAAGAUCUUCCUGGAAGGAGGGAAGUUUGAGCGCGGCCUCACCGACAUCUUUAACGUGGAGAUCGCGGCGCUGCUCAGUCCGCUCAGCCGAGUCACGAUCGGUCACGAUAACGGAGGCGUCAGUGCCGGCUGGUACUGCGACAAGGUGGUCAUCUUCUGUCCGUUCACUGGCAUCGAGCAGACGUUCCCCUGCUCUAAAUGGCUGGAUGAGGACGAGGCUGACGGGCUCAUCGAGAGGGAACUGUAUGAAAUGGUGUCGCUCAGGCAGAAGAGGCAAAAAAAGCAUCCCUGGUCUCUCUGGAUCUGGACAUCAGAUCUUCCAGGCGCGGGAACAGACGCGUCUGUCUUACUCCAGAUAUACGGAGAGAAGGGCAAGUCGGACGAGAUGAGACUCAACAACAAAACCGAUAACUUUGAGCAGGGCCAGCUGGACAAGUUCAUGGUUGAACUACCGGAUCUUGGGAAGCUGUUUAAACUCAGAAUCUGGCAUGAGAAGAGAAAUCCCUUCGCCGGCUGGCAUUUAAGUCGAAUGUCCAUAAUGAAAACUUUAACAAAGGAAACAUAUAAAUUCCCAUGUGAGCGCUGGCUGGACGCUAAUGAGGACGAUAACGAGGUGGUGCGAGAGCUUCCAGCCACCGGAGAUCUCAUCCCUGAACCUCUGCCACUUAUCAAGUAUCGCAUCACAGUGUACACAGGGAGCGUGAGCGGCGGAGGAACAGAUGCACAUGUGUUUCUGUGUCUGAUCGGGGAUCAGGGCAACACCGGCGACCGCGCUUUGAUCAACUGCAAAAACAACGUCAACAAGUUUGAGAAGGGCAACGGGGAUGAGUUCAUCAUUGAGGCCGCGUCCAUCGGUCAGGUGCGCAGGAUAAGAAUUGGUCACGACGGCCACGGCGGAGGCUGCGGAUGGUUCGUGGAUAAAACGGUCGUCAGAGAAGAAGGCCAGGCCGAAUCACAGGCCGUCGAGUUCCCAUGCAACAGAUGGUUCGACCACAAUGAAGACGACGGGCAGAUUGUUCGUGAGUUGGUGCCAUUAGCAGACGGACAGAGACUUUACAACGUCAGCUAUCACAUCGCAGUGAAAACGGGUAACGUCAGUGGAGGAAGUUCAGACUCUAAAGUGUUUGUGAAGUUCUACGGUGAGAAGGGAGACACCAGCAGAAUGAUGCUCGUGGUCUCAGACAACAACCUGCGCAAUUACUUCGAGGCGGGCCGGGUGGAUGUUUUCACCGUCGACACCGCUGACAUCGGCCAAAUCAACCGGCUCCUGAUAGGUCACUCUAAUGAAGGGAUGCGUGCUGGCUGGUUUCUGGACAGCGUUCAGAUCAUGGUGCCAAAUCACGGCAAACACUACAUGUUCCCCAGUCACCGCUGGCUGUGCAGAGACGAGGCUGAUGGGAAGACGGAGGUGGAGAUUUACCCCAGUGAAAUACUGGACGUUGAACAAUUGAUAAACUAUGAGAUCACGGUUGUGACGGGGGACGUCUUUGCUGGUGGCACAAAUGCCAAUGUUUUUAUCCAAAUCUACGGAGAUCAAGGAAAGACGGAAGUGCUCCAAAUCGCCAGCAGGUCAAACAACUAUGAGAGAGGAGCAACAGACAUAUUCAAGAUUGAGGCUAAAGAUGUGGGGAAGAUCUUCAAGAUCCGCAUUAGCAAUGAUGACUCGGGCGUAGGAGCCGGAUGGUACCUGGACCGGGUGGAGAUCAAGCGUCUGAUAAUGGCCAUGGUCCCCAAAGAGAAGAAAGAAGAUAAAAAGAAGAAGAAGAAUAAGAAAAAGAAGAGCGAGGAGGAUGAAGACGAGGAAGGCGGUGAGGAGGAGAUGCGUGAGGUGGUCUUGACCUACUUAUUCCCCUGCGAUCGCUGGCUGGCUUCUGAUGAGGAGGACGGAGAGAUGGUGGUGGAACUUCUGCCAGAGGACAAUGAGGAGCUGGAGGAAAACACAUAUGAGGUCCACAUCUUCACGGGAAACAUGAUGGGGGCCGGAAGUGAUGCCAACGUGUUCAUAAACUUCUACGGAGAGAACGGAGAUACUGGAGAACGACCCUUGAGAAAGUCCAGUAAUCUCAACAAAUUUGAACGUGGACAGGAGGACACGUUCUCCAUCACAGCUGUGGAACUGGGGCCUUUGAAGAAACUAAGGAUCCGUCACGAUAACAGCCAUCAGUCAGCCUGGUACCUAGACAGGGUGGAGAUCGUGGACACCAAAGAUGACAACACGUAUUACUUCCCCUGUAACCGCUGGCUGGCGGUUGAUGAAGAUGAUGCUCAGAUUGCGCGAGAGCUCGUUCCUGUGGAUGAGGCCUUCAUGAGGAAGGACGAGGAUGAGGAGGAGUCUGGGGCCACACUGGGUUUGGAGCAGAAAGCAAUGUCGACAACAUACACAUUGAGGAUCAAGACUGGAGAAAAGAAACACGCUGGAACAGACGCCAAUAUCUUUGCGAUUCUGUAUGGAGAGAAUGACGACACAGGACUCAUUAACCUGAAAGCCUCUAAAUCACACAAAAACAAGUUUGAGAAAGGAAUGAUCGAUGAAUUUAUCGUGGAGGCCGUUGAUCUCGGAGAACUCCAGAAAUUGAGAAUUGGCCAUGACAACUCAGGAGGGUCGGCUGGAUGGUUCCUGGACUGGGUGGAGAUCAAUGCUCCUUCUCAAGGACAGAGGCUUCGUUUCCCAUGUGGCCGCUGGCUGGACACAGGAGAAGACGAUGGAGUUGUUGUCAGAGAUCUGUAUCCAGCGGAGCUACAGACUGAACUUUACACGCCAUUCGUUCCCUAUGAGAUCACCACCUGCACGAGUGACGUGUUCGCUGCGGGGACGGACGCGGAUGUUUUCAUCGUUCUGUACGGUCAGAAGGGUCUGUGUACGCAGCAGAAGUACCUGUGUGUGAACAAGAGAGAACGACGCAUGUACUUCGAGAGAUCAGCAGAAGACAUGUUCAUUGUAGAGCUGGAAGACAUAGGGGAUGUCAUAGAGAAGAUCCGCAUCGGACACGAUAACCAAGGGACGAACCCCGGCUGGCAUCUGGACAGAGUGGAAAUCAGAAGACUUUUGAGGAAAGGAAAGGGUUCGGAGACGACCAUCUUCCCCUGUGAACGCUGGCUGGCCAAGUCUGAGGAUGACGGCGAGACGGUGAGAGAGGUGGUGUCUUCUGAGAUCAUCACGGAGAAGCUGCUGAGAGACGGGACGCUCAAACACAACGAGGUCGAGGUGGAGGAUGCUCUGGAGACUCACACGUAUAAGGUGUCGGUGAGGACGGGGGACAUGCACGGAGCCGGCACCGAUGCCAAUGUGUUCCUGACCAUCUACGGAGAUCUGGGAGACACCGGAGAACGCAAGCUCAGCAAAUCUGAGAGCAACGGCAACAAGUUUGAGAGAGGAGCCGUUGACAAGUUCAGCAUUGAAGCCGUGGAUCUGGGUCAGGUCUAUAAGAUCAGAAUCCAGCAUGAUAAUUCUCUGGCUGGAGCUGACUGGUAUCUGGAUCAGGUGGAGGUGGUGGAUGUGGAGACAGAAGAGGUUUACAUGUUUCUGUGUGAACGCUGGCUCUCCAUUAAGAAAGAGGACAAGCGCAUCGAGAGGACCUUCUUUGUCAAGGGAUACGAGGGUGAGAGGAACCCUCAGAACGCAAAGAAGAACAUGCAGAACUCUAAAGCAGGUCUUGACAGCAACAUGAACAAGAAGAAGAAGAAGAAAAAGGCUGUUAUUAUGGAGGAGGGUCCGAUGAUCCCGUACCACUUCACAGUGUCCACCGGAGAUGGUCAUGACGCCAGCACCACCAGUCGGGUUUACGUUAUCAUCAUAGGGCCCAACGAUUUAGAAACGGAGCGACUCUGGCUGGAUCUCACUGACGGGAAGACAUGCUUCGCUGCGGGAGGAAUGGAGCACUUCAUGUGUUAUGGACUAGACGUGGGUGAGAUCAAGAGAGUUGAGUUGGGUCAUAACGGAGCGACUCCCGAGAGCUGCUGGCUGGUGGACGAGCUGUCGGUGGCCGUUCCCACCAAAGGCAUUCAGUACAGCUUUCUGUGCAAGUGCUGGCUGGCCAAAGACAGAGGAGACGGUCUGACGGCCAGAGUCUUAAACAUACUGGACGCCACCACCAUCAGCAUCAUCCGGAAGGUGGUUUAUGAGGUGACGGUGGUCACGGGUGACACUCAGAAUGCAGGAACGGACACCAACAUCUUCAUAACCGUGUUUGGGGCCAACGGGAGCAUGGAGGAGAUGCUCCUCGCCAAACAUGCGGACAGGUUUGAAAGAGGACAGGAAGACACGUUUAACCUGGAGAUCGAUGACAUCGCGCCCCUGAAAAAGCUCCGCGUUCGCAUCGACGCAACAGGAAGUCGUCCUGAUUGGUUCCUCGACAAGAUAAUCAUGAGAAACCUGAGCACGGAGGAGGUGUAUGUUUUCACCUACGAGGAGUGGCUCUCCAAGACCAAAGGACCCAAGAGGACCAAGGUCUGUGAACUCUCUGCGGUCGUGGACGACGAGGAGAUGGUGGAGAAAACCACAUACACCAUCCAGGUUAAAACCAGUGACAGCGCUGGUAGUCUGGGCGAGCUGGCCGGCCGGAACGCCAAUGUGUUUCUGAUCGCGUUCGGGGAAAACGGCGACACGGGAAUGCUGGCACUGAGAGAAUGCAGCAACAGGAACAAAUUCGAACGCAAUCAGAUGGAUGUUUUCCGUUUCGGGGAUAUUCUGAGUCUGGGCGAGCUGUCCAAGGUCCGAGUGUGGCACGACAACAAGGGUCCGGCUCCUGGAUGGCAUCUGGAGUAUGUCGAUGUGAAGGACGACCUGCUGGAUCAAAUCUUCCGCUUUCCCUGCGACCGAUGGCUGGCCAAAAGUGAGGACGACGGGCAAAUCAUGAGGGAACUGGCAUGUGCCAAUAACGAUAUUCUGGAUCUCAGUGACAAGACCAAAUAUGAAAUUGAGAUCACAACAGCCAACUCUGAAGAUGCCGAGACGAAGGAGAAUGUCUGGAUCAUUCUGGAGGGAAAAAAAGGACGUUCAAAGGAGUUUAUGAUGGAAAACUCAAAAAAGAAGAAGUUUUUGCGAGGUGCCACGGAUUCAUUCGAGUUUUCCUCUAAAAAUGUGGGCGAGAUCGUGGGUAUUUGUUUGGGCCAUAUAACGAAGGAGAAGAAGGUGAAGAACGAGUCUUUCUGGCACGUGCAGGAGGUGGUGAUCACGGAGAAAGAGCUGAGAAACAAAUUCUACUUCACAUGCGACGCUCGGAUUCCACUGGCGGCCAAGAAAGAUGAGUUCAUGAUGUUCGAGUGCACCAAAACCGUGGAGAGCUUCGCCAGCAAAGUGCGCAGUCUGGUUCCCGUCAAAUACGAGAUCAUCAUCAUCACCGGAGACGUGAAGGAAGCCGCCACCGACGCCAACGUCUUCAUCACGCUCUACGGCGUCAACGGAGACUCUGGGAAACGAGUGUUGAAGGGGAAGUACAGGAACCUGUUCGAGAGAGGACAGACAGACCGCUUUCUGCUGGAGAUGCUGGAUCUCGGCGAACUCUUGAGGAUCAAAGUGGAGCACGACGACAAAGGCACUUCGUCCGGAUGGUUCCUGGAGUGCGUGGAGAUCACCAACACCGCCAACUGGGUGACAACCAUCUUCGUCUGCGGAAAGUGGCUGGACAGAAAUAAAGCAGAUGAACAAACUCACAGAGUGCUGUAUCCGAAAUAUUAAACGCUUUGGAUUUUUAAAUAAAGACGUUUCAGAAAUCACACUCUUUGGGAUAAAGCAGUUUGUACUUUUUUAAAGAAAUUCAAAUAA